AUGGCUCGUUGCAGCAGCAGUGCUCGUCGACGGCCCCAAGACGAGCAACAACACGCCGCGCCAGAGGGCCAGGGUCCACUGCUGUCACCGGUCCUGCGUCGAUCGAAUGGCGACAUGGAUGAUGGUGGGGUGAUCCAACUCCCUACUCUGUUCUCCCACCUCAUGAAGCUCGGCAAGGAUGAGGCGGGAGCGGUGGCGGAGGCGGCGGCGUUAGCAGCGACGGCAGGUGGCAAGAGCAACGUAUCGCUGCCGCUGCUCCUCACGCCCGCCCCUACAGAGAAGGCCGUGCUGUUCGCGCGAGACUCGGGUAGAGUCCGCGGGUGGAUGAAGUCCGCGCUAGAGGACCGUCACAUUGACGCCCAGGUUGUGGCCUCCGCCACCACCCUUGCCCUGAGGUGGCUGCAACGUCGGCAUAUGUACCCGUCGCUGGCGUCGUCCCCCGGCGCCACGAACGGUACAACCGUUAGCAACAACGCCCAUCGUCAACGGCGGCGGCAGCCUGCCUCUUCGCAGCAGCAGCAACAGCGGAGGCGGCAGCGACGACGAAGCGGCGGCGGUAGCGAAGGGUUGCCGCCGCUGGAGCUCCUGUCGAUGACAUGCCUCCACCUUGCCUCCAAGUACCACACCCAGGACUCGGUGCUGGAGGACUUCGGGUCCUGUGUUCAUAGGCCCGAGGUCCACGCGCUCGGAUUUGACAUCUCGUUGUCAAUGGGGGCUGUACUCAACGCCUCCUUCCGCGCCAACGCCGUCAGCCUGCAGACCCUGCUCUGCGCGCUGUCGGGCGAGUCUCCCGUGGUAAAGGCGUGCUCAGAGUGGGUCUCCCUGUGCCUGGUGCUCCUGCUGCACCCCUACGACGUGGACAGCGAGAACGAGACGGGGGCAUCACCGCCGCAUGGAGAGAGAGUGUUUUCGCCUUCUCUGUCGGCCGCCACCGCCCCUCUCACCCCUGCUCCCGGUGGUCCUGCCGAGACGCCGGGGUCACAAGCGCCGUCGUCAUCGGCUUCGGCAACAUCGACGCCUUUUACCCCUGCCGGAGCUUCGACAACAACCGCCGCCGCUGUCGCGUGGUCUUUGCGGAACCCGGACGAUGGGAAAAGCGUCGCGCCGCCGGCACCGCACCAGCAGCAGCAGCAGCACGGCAAGGCCGGUGAUGUCCGCGGUCGGUUCUCGCGAGCCACCGUCCUCGCGCUGGCGUCUCUAGUGCUGGCUCGGCGCCUCGCCCGCGCGGGGGGGGCGUGCCUCCCUCCCCGAGUGCAGGCGACGAUGGGCCUGGGAGAUGGCGACGCUCUGCUGCUCGUGUCGGAGGGGCUCCGGUUGGCGCGACGGGCGUUCGAGACAGAGCUGUGUGACGAUUCGCAACAACAACAACAGCAACACCCCCCAGCUGCUGCUGCUGCUGCUGCUGCCGAGGGGGGGCUCCGCGGAAGGGAUUUCCUCGGGGGGGAGGUCCUGCUGGAGAGGAAAGUCGAGGGCCCGGCCACCGGCAGCCACCCGUCCGGAACCACCAUCGCGAGGCCUCUGCUCGAGUGGCUCACGGACAGCGAUGACGGCCGCGAUGCCCCCGAGUUCGCCCAAGGGCUUCCCCUGUCGACCGCGACCGUCUCUUCCUCUUGUUCCCCUCGAGAGAAGAGUCCUUCCCCGAGCCGUGGCAGCGUGGCUCAUGAUCGUGUUCCUAGCCCGGGAAGAGUUACCGCCAGCGACGGCGCAACCAGGCGCGGCAAACGGGCGCGCAGCUCGGCCUACCACGACGCUCGCGGAGGUAGUGGCGUUCCUCGGGAGGAAGGUGGUCCCGCCGCGCGGAAACGGCAGCGCUUGGGGAGCCCGCCCGGCGGGCCCAGCGGCCGGGUCAGCGGCAGCGCUUCGCCCCGCUCGCGAGCCGCCGACAGGAGUUGCUUCGCCCCGGCGGAAGAGCGGGCCGGGUCUUCUACCGAGGAGUACGCGUCUGCCGCGGACGCGUUCCCUUCUCCGCCCCCAUCCACCUCGCCGCCGCCCCAUACACCGAGCCAGGACGCCAUGGACAGCGACGGCGCAACGCCCCGAUCGCCACCAUCGUUUUCGGCUGGUGGGGCGAGCUUCGUCAGCGGGGACACCACUCUUUCCGGGGGCCGGCGACCGCGGGGCUGGGGGAGGGUGUUAUUCUCCGCACAAUCCUCCGACAAGAUGUCCGAAGCGACCCAAUCUCCACCACGGACGAGAGGACCGCCGGCGGCACCGUCGGCUAGCAGCCCGGAGGAAAGGAACGCGCGGUGGGAAGUUCUAGCAGACCGGGUUCUGGAGGCCUUGGACGACCGCCACGGUGGCGUCGUCGGCGGUAGUAGCUCGGCCGGCGCCGAUGGUUGUUGCGGUGGGCUGUCGACACCGGAAGGGUCCCCCCCUUUUUCCCCCAUCACGCCCCCGGGCCCCCCCACGGUCUUUCACGACUUCGGCGCCCGCGGUGCCCCCGGCGAGCAAGGAGAAGAGGCGUUGACGUCUUCCCGCGUGAGCUCCACCGCAGGUUUCGAUGGCGGCGAUUGUGGCGGUGGUGGUGGUAGCAGUGAUGCGUCGGCAGAUAGAACUGGAGGGGUUGGGGCGGCGUCGCUCGCAGCAGCGGCAGCCGCAGCAGGAAGAAGAGGGGCGAGGGCGCAGGGGCUAGGAGUUGUCGCCGCGGGGUGCACAACACUCAUGUCGGCCGUGGCGUUGGCGUUUAGAGCAGCAUCGUCCUCUACGGCGGCUGAGGCUGAGGCUGACGCUCAGGAGGACUGGUGGUGGUAGUCUUGAGUGCGGCGACGGUUGUUUGUAGUUUACCGCCAUUGCUCGCCGAAUGUCGAUUGGACCCGGAGGAGGGUUGGAGGCUCACGACUACGGGUGGAUGCCCGGUUCUAGGAGGAUUUCGGUAGUCGGUUUGGACGCUGGGAAAACACCACGCAAGACGUGUCGCGUUUUUUUUUUGCAAAACCCGUUGAGCCACGCGUUAUCUGUUGUGCGUUAUUGACAGUUUGCAAGAAGAAAGGCACUGUGAGCUGGGGAAACGAUUCGCAGCGACAAGUGCGACCGGCCACCGAGUUGCAAGUGCCAAUGCGAGAGUGCACGUCGCCGCCAAACGUCUUGACCCGCAGCGGAACAUGAGUGCGUGUGCAUUUUUUACGACACGCUGCACUGCGAUACCUACGACCGUUGGAGGAGGAGUGGUGGGCUGUGACUCGAUCGACUGUUCUCUUGUCGAUGAAGGGUGACUCGAUGACGGGGGCUAGGCUACUUUUCGUGCUGAAAAAGCGAAACGGCCGGGGGGACUUUUGUCGCCGGGGGGGAGGGAGUUGGGGGAAGAGUUACACAGGGAACAUAUUGAAGGCAGGUUCGAGGGAUCUUUGACCCCGCAAUGCGAGAAAAACGCACGCGCCUUCAAGAGCGCGGGUGGACCAGUAGAAGAGUAGUAGUGCCGUUAGGAAGAGCAACACCAUCCGUGAUGCGUUCAGAACCAAGGGGCCACGAAGGGGGUCGGGUGAGACUCAGGCAUGGCAUAGUCUAGGGGGACUUGGAGGGUUAGAAUCUUGUGGGUAGGGCUACGGCUAGGAUAGCGCGGAUGACCUU